AUGGCCUCCGCAGCAAAUACAACAACCGAAACGACAAUGUCGCAAAGCAAUGACACAAACCCAACAGCAACAGCGGACGAUGACUACAUAACCGUUGUUGAAGUUGACGAUCCCACAUCGUCCACCAAAGACACAAACCAUUUGAAGAAGCUAGUCAAACGGCAAAGUUCCGUGGCCGAAGACUCCUCAUUUAUCACCGUGCUGACCAUUAACGAGCAGCAACAACAGCUGCUCCAGCAACAGCAGCAGGAACAACAGCAGCAACAGCAAAAGGAUCAGCACGAAUCGCUAACCGAGGCGGAUGAAUCGGAGCACGUUACCGUCUACCGCCUGCCGGGUGAGCGUCUGGGCUUUGGCCUUAAAUUUCAGGGAGGCACACGCAACACGGAGCUGGUGCAAAAGCUGUACAUACAGUCGUGCGCCGCCGACAGUCCCGCCUCCAAGGUGGCCACCAGUUGGGGACAUUUGCGCGAGGGCGAUGAAAUUCAAAGCAUUGAUGGGCGGUUGGUCUCGCAAAUGACGCGCAUAGAUUGUGUGCGCUGCCUCAAGGAUAGUGUGGCAAUUAAUCUAAUCGUACGCAAUGGUCACGGCCAGAAGCCGCCCAGCGAGGAGGAGCAGCAGACAGAUGUGUCCAUUGUGCUCAAUGCCCAGCCACCGCCGCCGCCACCAGUGCCACCACGCAAACUGGUGAAGCGACAAAACUCCAAAGAGGGGCCCUCCACAGUACAGCUCGUUGUAGAGAAGCCAUUGACACCACCGCCAGAUGCCGAAUACUAUAUCAAUCUCUUUGCUGAAUCUCUUAAGGCCGGCUCGGAGUCGGAUGACACAGCGAGCACCAUUUCCACUGUCAUUGAUAAGCUCUCCAUGGGGUCCAAUUACUCAUCCGAUACGGAGUUGGCCGGCAGCCUGAACGGACCCGAGCUGGCCAAGCUGGUGCAGCCGUUUACAUUGCUCGAGCAAGAAUUUCAAUUGGAACAGACACUAUCUCAGCCCAAGCUAAUCAUACCGGGCAACAAUUACGAGAAUGUCGAGUUCAAGACGGAGAAAGUCAAUGUCUAUGAAAAUGUUGAGCUGAAGAGUCCGCUUGGCACUCCAACGCCAAAACCACGUGUGCUGCUUGCCACCGUGGAGCCCAAGAAGCGUUCCAUAAUUCCUAUGCCGCGCAAAAUCGCUACGCCCACUAAGUUGCCUAUUGAAGUUGCGCCUCCGAAAGUUCCAGUUGAUUCACCCAUAACGCCCACCAAUGAGUUGGCCAGCACACCCACAAAUGAGCCCACCAAGGAGGUCAAAGAGUUCAGCGCCAAGAUACCCAAGGCCAAACCGUUGAGCUCCAUAGUCAGUCCGGGAUUUUCACGUGCCAAAACUGAGGGCGAGAUUAAGCUUCAUCUUCAGCCCAUCAAGCAACAGUCACCGCAGCUGAAAUCUCGCAUUCCCAUCGUCACAACCCCAGUCCAGAAAUCACCUCCAGCUAAUAAGUCAAUAAUAGCUUCGUCGCCGCCACCGUCAACAGCUAGCUCCAACAUUCCUCGCCUGCUGCAGAAGCAAAAGUCGGAAACGGAUCUGAAGUUGGGCUUUUAUCGCAGCAAGUCCAAGGAUGCCAGUCCCAGUCCUGGACACCUGAGAGCGCCACUGCAGCGUGCCAAUUCCGCGGAGGCGCCGGCACGAACCACACCUGAACGCACUUACAUACCUGUGCUACUCAACAGCGGCUCCCGGAGCAGCUCCAACUCGACGGAGUCGCUUAGCUCCAUAUGCAGCAAUGGCAGCAACAGCCAACGUUCUCCAAAGGGACCCAAACCGAAGCCUCCGGAGCGCGUUCAGUCACUGCAAAAGACCCAAAUACCCAAACUGCAGUCGCUGCCAACGACUCCUCCACAGCAGCAGCCAAAGCUGAGCAUGCAGACCUUCAGGCAGGCCACCCAUGGUACACCUCCAGCGACGCCCGUGAAUACGCCCUCGCCCACCAGCAAUCGUGAGAUACGCUUCAAGAUACAGACCUACGAAAGCAAGGCCCAAGAUGAGGACAAGUUGCCCAGUCUCUUCGAUCUGGUGCACAAGCAGGAGGCAGUCGAGAAACUGGAGACGUCACCGAAACCACAACGUGACAUAACCGCUUUGCUGGCAGCGGUAGCUGCGGAGGCAGCCGAUCUGGCAAGGGAAUCGCCACCUCCCUUGGUGGUAGGCAAGUGCACCAAGAUUGUGGAUGAUAAUCAGAGCACAACGUGUUACUCAAGCUCCAGCAGUGAUGAGGAUGAUGCCGAACAGGAUGAUGUAGAUGCCGCCGAGCGCGAGUAUAUCUGUGAGGAUGGCGAAAAGCUGGGUCCACCAGAGUUAAUCAAUGGGCCGGGCCCCUCGGAGGCUUACUUUAACAUGUAUUGGCAUUCGAAUAUGCUGCCCACCAUUGGAGAGGUUGAGGAAGAGUUCUCGUCGCUCGAGCCGCAAUCCUUGACGAACGGCCAACCGAGUGCGAUUGCGGAGGAGCUAAAGAAGUUACCGAACUACGUGCAACCAGCGAAGGUGACGAAGGCGAACACUGCCAAAAUGGAAGCCCAAGCAGCAACGGAGGAGGCUCCUCAAGUCAAGAGCGUUGAUAAGAUUGUUGCCCAUAAUGAUGACGCAGUCGACGAUGGCGAUAAGGCUGACCAAAACGCUGACCAUUUCGAAGAGAGCAGCAGCUCAAGCAGCACAACGCAGCAGAGCGAAACGAGCAGCACGCAGGAAACUAGCGAAAGCAGCGAGAAGAGCACCAGCAAGACACAACGUACGAUUACCAGAAAGGUGGUUACCACUAAGACAAGCAGCACCACAAGCACCAGCAGCAGCUCCUCGAGCUUUAUGAGUCCCACAGCAGACAUUAGCUUCAAGCUGCAACCGUAUGAGGAGCGUGAGGAGGCGCAGACAACGACACCGACAACCACAACGACCGUACAUGAGGAGCGUCGCGUUGUUAGCGAACAGAAGACGCUCAGCGAGCUGAGAACCAAGGAUGCGCUGACCGGUGAGGAGCAGCUGGUGACCAGCGCCGAGUCCAAGUCAAGCAGUGCACGCUUCAAGAAGAUCAGCAGCAACGACAAUCUGCUCGACCUGGCCGAUGUCGAGCAGCUGCAGCCGUUGACUGCCACCGUCUCUGCGGAGACGCGUCUAACGGAGCGUCUGGAAAAUCCACAGGAUAAACAGAGUAUUGAAACGGGUAUUUUGACAUUAUCCGAAUGUGGCAAGCAGCUGCAGCUGUCCGAAAACGGUGGCAUCAGCUACACCGAAUGCGAGCAGACCGAACAACAGACCUAUUUGGAGGGCCAACAGAUCCUUAACGAGCAGCCCGUCGACGUAAAUGCGCAGCCCACACUCGAGAGGGAAUUCAGCGAGACUCUAACGGUUAGCAAGGAUGGUGAGAAGCAGGUGACCAAGCGACUGGAGCAAAGCAAAGAAACGCCCUGCAAGAAGGGGGCCAAGCUGCUGAAGAAGACCGAUGAGGAGCGUCGCCUAGAGCAGGAGGCGCAAAAGAUUAUCGAGAGCUAUCAGAAAGUAAAGAAGGAGACCGAGAAACUGUACAAUCUGCAGCUGGCAGAUGAUGAGCAGGGCUUUGAUCUGAGUGCCUUUGAGCAGGUUGAACCCCAUGCAGAGCAGCAGGCCGAGGCAGAAGUUGUGCAGCCAGAGGAGGAGCUGGUGAAGGAGGAGGUGGUGGUGAAGGAGGAACUGGUGAAAGAGGAGGUGGUGAAAGAGGAGAUGGUUAAGGAGGAGAUUAUCAAACCUGUGGAGGAGGUAACUGUGCACGAACAAUUGGAAAUUACUUUACCCGCUGUCGAGGACGAUCUGGGCUAUGUGCUGCACAAAAACAUCAUAGAUCCACCAAAGCCGGAAAUCGUUAUCGAGGAAGUAAUCAGGGCAGCUGCGCCCAAGGCAGCGCCCAAGGCAACGCCCAAACCGAAGCCGCCCUUGCCAAGUGCCAAGCCAAAGGUGUCGCCAACCAUUGUUAAACCCAAAACAGCUCCGCCGCCCGUGCCUAGUAAGCGCAGUGAGCUGGGACUGGGAGGCAAACCGACGCCCACACAGCGACGCAGCAGUCUGGAGCUACAGAGUCCGCCCAAGCCGUUAGAACGCAUCAUUGUGGGCGUGGAGCAGACAGAACCCAGCCCAAUUAUCAAUUUGGCCAGCGUCGAUCUGCCCAAUGUAGCGCCCGCUACUGUUGUCCCCCACAAGUCGAAUGUCAAUGAUAAUGCUGUUGACCUGCUGCAGGAUGAGCUGCACUUUGAGAGCCAUAAACUGCCGAACGCCGAGAAACAACGAGAGGUUGAGGGCGAGGUGACCAUAGAGGGGCGCGGCCCGGAGCAGGGACAGGGGCAGGCCGAAGUAAAUGGCAUUGUUCUAAGUGCCAGCUCAUCGAUGACAUCAACAGCAUCAUCGUCAUCGUCGGCGGCAACGCCAAUAACAACGCCAAUUUUGGUAUCAGCAACGUCAUCACUAGAUUCGGUCAAAAGUGUCAUCGAGGUCAUCAAUGGGCAUGCCACCGACAGAACCGAGGGGCACAGCAACGACAACAGCUGCAAUAGCCUAAAUGGAGCCGUAGUAGUCGCUGAUGACACUGAACCCAGCGAGGAGCAUGUGGAGAAUGUGUCAACGUUGACGCUCGAUAGAGAACACGAAACAGAUCUUGGUACCCUUAACAACCACAACAGCAACAGCAACAACAUUAUCAGCACAGUUAACAGCACAACAGCAACAAUAGCAACAACAGCAACUGGAAUCAGCAGCAAGAAGACCCUGGUGGCCACAGCAACGGCAACGGCAACAACGACAAAGUCUUUGAAUUCGACUCCGACUUCGACCCCGAGUUCCACUUCGACCCCGACUCUUAGCCAGAGUUUGCAGCAGAAGCACAACAACAACAAAAUGGAGCUGCUGAGCAGCCCAGCAAUAACAACAACAGCAACAACAACAGCAACGACUACAAAGCAGCUGCUGGCGCAGGAUUACCUGAGCUACGCCUCCCCACCGACCUAUUCGCGUCUACCGCCCGAUGGCCAUGAGUUUCCGCCCAACUUCAGUGAGCCGCUGAUUAUGCAUCCCCAAUCGCAUGCCACGCGCCUCAAAGCGGAGCUAAGCUUUGAGCACAAUAACAACAACAACAACGACAGCAACAACAAACUGGAGGCUGCACCGCCACUGCCCAAAACGGGGCCACCGCCCACAGUGCCGCGCAAGAUGUAUCGCCAGGACUUGGUCAUCAAUGUGGAGGAUGCGCGUCAAGCUGCACGCGCCACAGAGACGCCAACAAAAUUGGCAGCAACGCCAUCUAGCGGCGGCGUACGUGAUUACCAACGUUCCUUGAGCGCGAGUGCGCCACGCAAGUCCAGCGAUUGGCGCAAAGACGAAAAGUCGGAGAAAUCCGUACGCGACAAAAUUGCCAUGUUCUCAUCCAGCAACGAACUGGACACCAUUGCGCCGCCCACACCCAGCUCCAGCGCCAACCUCUCCAACGCUACCUCCACCUUCUCCCGCAAGCCGCUCAACAUGAGCAGCGAGAAUUUGUUGGAGGCCGCCUCCUCGACGCCACCGCCGUCUCUGAAGACGCGCGCCAUGAGCGUGGAGAACCUAAACGAUGCACAGCGACAAUACCAGCUGGCCAAGCAGCUGCCGCAGCUGCACGUGGCCGAUUCCAUGUACUCGCUGCACACACUGACCACGCCCAACAGCGGCAGCAGCGGCAGCAGCAGCAGCAAUAGCUACAGCUACAAUUACGCCUCGCUGCCGCGACGCAGCCAUGGAGGAGUUGCCUCCGCUGUGGAGCGCCGCAUCAGCUUCUCGGGUGAGGGCGAUGCGGCCACGCGCAAGGCGGCCAUCACCAAUAUACUGGAGCAGCGGCGUCGCAGUCUCUCCAAGCUGCGCGGCCUAGUCAUACCGGAGCGGCCGCAGCUGCUGGAGCCCAUACUGGAUUUGCCCGAGAUCAAGAGCCAGGUGAAGGCGGCCAGCGGUGAGGACUCCACGGACAGUGGCCUGGGCGAGACACGCCCACUCAGACACAACAUCAACAACAACAGCAGCAGCAGCAGCAACAACAACACCAACAACAACAACAUGAGCACCUAUCGCAGCAUCUUUGCGGCUGUUCAGCGUCGUCCGCUGGAGUCGCAGCUGUCGCAACCACCCGCAAAGCCGCCACGCACUUCGCUUGCCAGCGCCCUAAGCAUGCCCAGCAGGAUUAAUCUUUGCCAGCAACAGCCGCAGCAGCAGCAACCGUUUUUGGUGGACCAGGAGAGCGACACAGAUUCCGUGUUCUCGAGCACAGCGCGUGUUCCCACGCCGCCAGAGAAGUUUGCGCUGACGCGCACGCUCAGCUCGGAGACAAACACUUCGAUAGCCAGCUCAAACACCUCCACGCUGACUUCGGGCUCCUCGGCCGGCUCCCAGGCCAGCUGCAGCUCCCUGGGCAGCACGGCCACAGUGGACCUAACGCGACGCGUGCUCAAGUGCCAGCUAAAUGGUAGCGUCAGUAGCAACAGCACCGAGCUGGCUUUGAGCAAUCGCAAGAGCAUCCUGGCGUCGGCCAAGUGCCGCAGCGCCAAGAGCCGCGGCCAGGACAACAGCAACGACAAUGACAACGACAGCACCGAUGGCGAGGCCUGCGUCUUGAACGGACGUCGCCUCAAGUCCACCUACAAGCAGCAGCAGCAACAACAGCAGCAGCAGCAACAGCAGCAUCAUCUGCUGGCCAAGCAGCUGGUGGUGGACAAGCUGAUAAAUGUAGCUGCCUAUGUGGAGCUCACUUCUGAUACGGACGACAGCAGCCGGCGCUCGGAUACGCCGGCCAAGAUCAGUGCCAUGUUCAUCGAUGAGGAGCGCAAGGCUAGCUUCAAGGCAGAUCCCACGCAGCAGGCCAAGCUGCGUGUGGUGCAAGCCAAGCCCGUGAUCAGCCCGAUGCCACAGCGCACACAGACACCAAAGCGGGAGCUGACACUGGGCACCACCAAGUCGCAGACCACAGCCGAGCUGCGCGAGAAAUUUGAGCGCAGUGCAGCAGCAGCUGCCGCGCCUCAAGUUCCGCUGCCCAUGCACAAGGCGCUUGCCACAGUUGUUGCCACAAAGCCGCAUCACGAGCGCUUCAGUUCGCUGGACUCGCUGGCCUCCAGCUCGUCGGGUGUUAGCUCCACAACACAGAAUGUGAGCACCACACAGGAGACGGCCACCGAGUUUGGCAGCUUCUCAUCGCUGGGCAGCAAUCAGAGUUUGAUUACCGCACAAGACGUGCAACAGAUUGUCGAGGAGGCCGAUCCGCCGCUUAAGACGCCCGAGGCCUUUAUCAUAGUGCUGCAGCGGGAUACGCCGGAGAGCAGCAUUGGCAUCACCCUGGCCGGUGGCUCCGACUACGAGGCUAAGGAGAUAACCAUCCACAAGAUACUAAGCAACACUCCGGCUGCCAAGGACGGACGACUUAAGAAGGGCGAUCGCAUUCUGGCCGUCAAUGGCAUGAGCAUGCGCGGCCUGACCCAUCGCGAGUCGAUCAGCGUACUAAAGACACCACGACCAGAGGUUGUCCUAGUGGUGACUCGCUCCGAAUCGUUGGUCAUCAAACCGCUGAACAAGAAACGCUCCUCGCUGGGCUCGCUCAGUUCGCUGAAUGAGAAGCCCACCGAGUUGGAUUACGAACGCAAACGCAACUACCACAAGGCCUCACGCUCGCUCGAUCUGGAUCUGGAUAUUGUGUCCAAUGAGGGCGGCGGCAGCGCCACAGUGCCAAGCACACCGAGCACACCCAGCACGGGCACCAGCAGCCCCCAGCAGCCGGCCAGCUUGCUGGACGAGGCGAACGGUAACGAUGCGGAGGCCACCAUUGCCACCAUUCGAGCACGCCGCCAGCUCUCACGCGGCGAUGCCGCCAAGCUGAGCACCAGUGAGCUGCUAGAGCGCGCAGCCGAGGCUCGGCAUGCCAUAGCAGCUGAGAUUCGCGCGCAGGCUGAGGAUGCUGCUGCCGGCGGCGGCGCACGCUGCGUAGAAAUUGUCAAAGACAGCUGUGGACUGGGCUUCUCCAUAGAGGGUGGCUUUGACUCGCCGCUGGGCAAUCGCCCGCUGAUCGUCAAGAAGGUUUUCAUGGGUGGUGCUGCCCAGAAGACCAAUCAGGUGCGCAAUGGCGAUGAGAUCCUCAGCAUCAAUGGUGCAUCCACGGCGCGAAUGACCCGUGUCGAUGCCUGGAACUAUAUGAAACAGCUGCCGCUGGGUCCGGUCAAAAUAUCAUUGGCCUAAAGUUGAUAAGCUAAUAAGAUAAAUAAUGAUAUAGAACGCGCCACAAUUUCUUAGAUAUAAGCAAAAAGAUAUACACAAAAAACAAGUUGCGACGUUUUGUUUCUGCAUUUAGAGAACGAUCUAUAUACAGGUAAUCGUAAUCAUAUAUAUUUAAAUAAUUUAAAGUGCAAUUGAUAUAAAUUUUCUAAUUUGCGUGGGGUGUUGCAUUUACCACCGCCCAUUUAUUAUUAUUAUUAUUAUUAUUAUUAUCAUUAUUAUUAUUAUUAUUAUUAUAUAUAUACAAACAUAUACGUUAUAUAUCGAUGAAUGUACAUAACUAUCUUAACUAAUUUACGUAUUUAAAUCUUGAAAUCGAUGCAACGAAAUGGAAAUUUUUGUAACAGUGGUAUUUUCUUAUACAUUAUAUUGGUAUACACACGAUUUCUGAUAGCACACCACACAAAAAAUAAAAGUAAAAAAAAUACACAAUCAAAUUAUAACAAUAAUAUUUUAUAUAUUUUAU